UAGCGACGAUGCCGGGCGCGCCGCGUCUCUCCGCAGGCCACGGCCGCGGCGUCCCAGGUCCCCGCAGCCCAGGCACCAUGGAGCGGCCGGCGCCCCUGGCCGUGCUGCCCUUCUCGGACCCUGCGCACGCCCUGAGCCUGCUGCGCGGCCUGAGCCAGCUCCGCGCCGAGCGCAAGUUCCUGGACGUGACCCUGGAGGCGGCAGGCGGGCGCGACUUCCCCGCGCACCGCGCCGUGCUGGCGGCCGCCAGCCCCUACUUCCGCGCCAUGUUCGCGGGGCAGCUGCGCGAGAGCCGCGCCGAGCGGGUGCGCCUGCACGGAGUGCCGCCCGACAUGCUGCAGCUGCUGCUCGACUUCAGCUACACGGGCCGCGUGGCGGUGAGCGGCGACAACGCCGAGCCGCUGCUGCGCGCCGCCGACCUGCUGCAGUUCCCGGCCGUGAAGGAGGCGUGCGGCGCCUUCCUGCAGCAGCAGCUCGACCUGGCCAACUGCCUGGACAUGCAGGACUUCGCCGAGGCCUUCAGCUGCGCGGGGCUGGCGAGCGCGGCUCAGCGCUUCAUACUGCGCCACGUGGGCGAGCUGGGCGCCGAGCAGCUGGAGCGGCUGCCGCUGGCGCGCCUGCUGCGCUACCUGCGUGACGACGGGCUGUGCGUGCCCAAGGAGGAGGCCGCCUACCAGCUGGCGCUGCGCUGGGUCCGGGCCGACCCGCCGCGCCGCGCCGCGCACUGGCCGCAGCUGCUGGAGGCCGUGCGCCUGCCCUUCGUGCGCCGCUUCUACCUGCUGGCGCACGUCGAGGCCGAGCCUCUGGUGGCGCGCUGCCCGCCCUGCCUGCGCCUGCUGCGCGAGGCGCGCGACUUCCAGGCAGCGCGCUACGACCGCCACGACCGCGGGCCCUGUCCCCGCAUGCGCCCCCGCCCUUCCACGGGCCUCGCCGAGAUCCUCGUGCUCGUGGGCGGCUGCGACCAGGACUGCGACGAACUGGUCACCGUCGACUGCUACAACCCGCAGACGGGCCAGUGGCGCUACCUGGCCGAGUUCCCCGACCACCUGGGCGGGGGCUACAGCAUCGUUGCGCUGGGCAAUGACAUCUACGUGACAGGUGGGUCCGAUGGCUCCCGGCUCUACGACUGCGUGUGGAGGUACAACUCGAGUGUGAACGAGUGGACGGAGGUGGCGCCCAUGCUGAAGGCCCGGGAGUACCACAGCUCCUCUGUGCUGGACGGACUGCUGUACGUGGUGGCCGCCGACAGCACGGAGCGCUAUGACCACACCACCGACUCCUGGGAGGCCCUGCAGCCCAUGGCCUACCCCAUGGACAACUGCUCCACCACCGCCUGCCGUGGCCGGCUUUAUGCCAUCGGCUCCCUGGCCGGCAAGGAGACCAUGGUGAUGCAGUGCUACGACCCGGACACUGACCUGUGGUCACUGGUGGACUGUGGCCAGCUCCCGCCUUGGUCCUUCGCCCCCAAGACUGUGACUCUGAAUGGACUCAUGUACUUUGUCAGGGAUGACUCCGCCGAGGUGGACGUGUAUAACCCGGUGAAGAACGAGUGGGACAAGAUCCCGUCUAUGAAUCAGGUGCACGUGGGGGGCAGCCUGGCCGUCCUGGGAGGGAAGCUGUAUGUCUCUGGGGGAUAUGACAAUACAUUUGAACUCUCGGACGUGGUAGAGGCGUAUGACCCAGAGACUCGGGCGUGGAGCGUGGUGGGGCGGCUCCCAGAGCCCACCUUCUGGCACGGCAGCGUCAGCAUCUUCCGCCAGUUCAUGCCCCAGACCUUCUUGGGCCGGCGUGGCUUCGAGCUGGACAGUGGCAAUGACAUGGACGCAGGCCGACACCGGCCACCGCAGAACCCAGAGGAGCUGCACUAGCCCCGGCCUGGCCCAGUGAGGGCCUCGGUGCAGGUAACCAUCACCUCCUCAGGGACAGUGACCCCGCCUUGUGCACGAGCACAGGCUCUGGGUGGCUGAGCGAGUCCUAGGAUCCAUCGCCUGGAUGGUUCCUGUGCUUUUGGAGCCUGAGUCACAGCUGCCGGCACCAAAGCCGGUUGUGAAUGCCCCCCUCAGUUGAGAAGGAGCCACCUUGCUGCCAGCACGUGUCUCUGGCUCCCAGAGGUCACCCCCAGCCUGCAGACCCCCAGCUCACUCAUGCGACACACACCCCUCCUGCUGCCGCCACCUGCGCCUGCUUGCUCCCACCUUGGGAGAGGAGACAAUGUGGGGGUGACGAGUGAAGGGGAGGGGCUUUCCGUGAGGUGCUGAGAAUGGCCUGGAGCAUCACUGGUCAGCAGACAUUGGCCAGCUGCGGCCCUGUGUCCAGUGCCAGGCGUCCCGGUGAGCCAGCUCCCUAGACAGGGUGGGGGUCUUUCCGCCUAGCUCCUGGCAUCUGCCAGGGGCUCACCCCAAGUCACCUUACAGGGUGGGCCUCCCAGAGCUCGAGCACAGGCAGAGGGACUGAGCAGGAACUUCAAGGGGUGCAGAGGGGUCUGCUGAGUUUCCUGUCUCCUGAGGACAUGCCGUGGCAAAUGCUGCGUCUGCCCCGCUAGUGCGUCCUCACCUGGCCUGGAGACUUCCGCUGGGCCUUCAUCCCAGGCCAGUGAAGGAGAGAGGGUGGAAGCCUGCAUUGCAAAGCUGUAGCUCCUUCCUGGGAGGCCCCGUGGGUCCAUCACUGAUGGUCAGCUCAGCAAACAGCUGCAGGCGCCGAGCUUGAGAGUCAAGUCCUGUUGCUUCCAAUGGAGCCCUGGGCACGGCUGGCCCUGGUGGUUGGUUCCAAGGUUUGAAAUGCUUGCAGUUUGACCAUUAAAAGAGGGAAAAGAGAGCUAGAACCAGGGUCAGCUUUGUUUGAUUUCCAAACCCACAAAGUGCCAUUGCCAAAGCCACUGCAGGAGAUGCUCCCAGGGAAGUGCCACGGCGUGGGGACUCCUGGUUUUCUCUUGGAAGCAGGAGGUUUCCAGGGAUUGGGUGGUUUGGGCCCCUCAAAGUACCCACAGUAGACUGCAUGAAUUUGUCCUUCCUUCCCUUGCUAGAGAAGAGGAUGUUUAGGCUGCAUUUCCUUAUUAGAGAAAAUGAAAGCAGAUGUUUAUUAAGUUGCCUUUUCUUAGUAAACUAACUUGUGGAGUUGUGCUCUCACCAGGAAAAACAUAGUUUUAGCACCAUCACUUAACAAGUUGCACUUAAAACCCUUUCACCAGCCAGAUGGCAUGGGUGGUUGCCUUAAUUUCUCCCAGGACACCACGCAGGGCUGCAGGUGGCCCUGCCUUGCCUCUGUGUGCUCCUGAAGAGCCCCAGUACACUGUCACGCACUGUGGAUCUCGUCCCAGAGCCCCCAGCUGGCGCGGUCACAGCCCAUAGCAGCCCUUCCUCCUUCAUUGGGUCUUCACACAUCGGUCAUGACCAAGCACCUGCUGUGUGCCAGGCACUGGCGGGCAGGACAGUGGGACAGCACUGUCUCAGCUGUGGUUCCCGCGGGCCACGUGGAACCCCUCUCGCCUCCAUGCUUGCUUUAUGCCUGGGGCCUUUCCCUGGGUGCCAGCGAGCAGGGCCCAGCUUGCCUGCUCUGUCCGUUGCUCCCUGGGGGCCUCCUAGUCUGAGAAUGGUCCUUUGUCCCUACCAGCCCUAGAAUUCCCUCCCACAGCCUCACUUAGCUUUGUAGCUGCUGAGUCCCUGAGAGGUGGUUCUUGCUCUCUGGGAUGGCUCGUCUCCUGUUAGCAGCAGAGUGUGGCAGGGCACUGCGCUGGGUGCCAGAGAAAACAUACCCUGUCCGGUCUGUGACGACCACUGUCACAGCCUCCCAGGGGAGGCUGGGCUGGGAGGCCUUGAUCCUGUCGAAGAGCUCUGGGUUCCUGCUCCUUUUGCUGCUCUGCCAUGGCCGGCAGCACUCAGUGAGGCCUUUGGUGUGGGCCAGUGCAGGAGAGAUGGGCUUGGCUCUGUGCCCCCGUCCUGCUGUAAUGUCCUGACCGCCUGCAGGUGCCCUUACCCUGACUUUAGGACAGAUUCUGGGCCACCUGGGGAUGGGGCUGUCCCUGUGUUACACGUACAGAACUUUCAUCUGUCUACAAAUUAAAUUAUGAAGAUUCACUAUUUAAUACUGCCCUACUAUAUUCUGUAUUUAUAUGACUUCAGAGACUCCUGUGAUAAAGGACACCCUCCCUGCAGUGUCCAGCAUCUGGUCCUGCCCCAGAGAGUAGGGCGGGUGUGCGUAUUUAUUUUUGUCUGCUCUGUGGG